AUGACCGACGCAGAAUCAAAAGCCCUGAAACAGCACAUUGACAAAGAAUUAGCAACAGGCAAGAUCCGUCCCAGCACUUCCUCAGCAGGUGCCCCAGUCAUGUUUGUGAAAAAAGCCAAUGGAUCCCUCCGCCUAGUUGUCAAUUACAGGAAGCUGAAUGACGUAACUCACAAGAACGUCUACCCGCUGCCAAGACAAGAUGACCUCAUGGCCAAGUUAAGACAUGCCAAAUUAUUCACAAAACUUGACUUACGCUGGGGUUACAAUAAUGUGCAAAUCAAAGAAGGAGAUGAAUGGAAGACGGCCUUUAGGACCAAAUAUGGGCUCUUUGAAUACCUAGUCAUGCCCUUUGGUCUUACAAAUGCUCCUGCCGCCUUCCAGCAUUUCAUGAAUGAUCUAUUCAGGGAUCUUAUCGACGUCACAGUGGUCAUCUAUUUGGACAACAUAUUGAUCUUUUCAGAAGUACCAGAGGAACACCCAGCCCACGUAAGGGAAGUCCUAUCCAGGUUAAUGGCAAAUCAACUCUUCUGCAAACUCUCAAAGUGCCACUUCCAUGUAACCACGGUUGAUUACCUAGGCAUUGUUAUCUCCCCCGCUGGGUUCUCAAUGGAUCAGAAGAAAAUAGAAGCGGUAAUAACAUGGCCCACUCCCAAGACGGUCAAACAGGUUCAGGCUUUCCUAGGCUUUGUCAACUACCUAAGGCGUUUCAUUCCCAACUUCAGCACGGUCGCGCGUCCUCUCCACAACCUCACAAAAAAGGAUUCCCCCUGGUCAUGGAAUACAUUGGAAGAACAGGCCUUCCAGGAACUCAAGGCGUUGGUCACCAAGGCACCGGUUUUAAUCCACUCCAACCCCAACACGCCGUAUUUCCUAGAGACAGAUGCAUCCGGAGUAGCCAUGGGAGCCAUCCUUAGCCAACGAGGAGAAGACAAUCGCCUACACCCAAUUGUGUAUAUGUCCAAAUCCUUCUCAGGAGCCAAAGCCAACUACGACACCCAUGACAAAGAGCUUCUGGCAAUCAUUAAAGCCCUGGAGGAAUGGAGAAUCUUCUUAGAAGCUACGGACAAACCAGUACAAGUGUUCACGGACCAUCGCAACCUUGAAUAUUGGAUGCAGGCAAGAACCUUCAACCGGCGACAUGCUAGAUGGCGUGUAUUCCUGAGCAAUUUCAACUUCAAAAUACAUUAUUGCCCAGGAAAACAAUCAGGAAAGCCUGACGCCUUAUCCAGGAGGUCAGACUACACGGACACGCCCCAGGAACCAGAGGUUAUGCUACCAGCCAAGGUAUUUGCCAAUACAUCAGAAGAGGAACUCGAGAUUGUCACGGAAGUUUGGAAUAAACUAAGGGAAGACCCCUCCCUAGAACCCAUCAUCCAAUUCCUAACAGAAGAUGCCGACAACGCACCUCCCUCUAUCCAAAAGGCCUACCGAGACUAUGACUGGGAGGAAAACCUCCUAUGGUACCGAGGGAAACUAGUAGUUCCAGAUUCAGAACCCCUAAAAGAGCGACUGCUAAGGGAAUUCCAUGACUCCCCGCUGGCCGGCCACCCAGGACAACAAAGGACACUUGAACUGAUCAGCAGGUCUUACUGGUGGCCUGGUAUGAAGUCCUCAGCCAAGGAAUGGGUUGAAUGCUGUCCAGUAUGCCAAGCUAACCAACGAGCUCACGUACCUACCAUUGCCCUCAAACCCCUAGAGGUUCCCCCAUUUCCUUUCCAUACCAUCUCUUACAAUUUCAUCACAGGGUUCCCUAAGUCAAAUGGGUACGACGCAAUACUAGUGGUCAUUGACUCAUUUUCAAAGUUUGGACACUUCAUCCCAACCUCAAAAAAGGUCACGGCCAAGGGCCUCGCCAACUUGUUCAUCAGCCAUAUCUGGAAACUACAUGGAUUGCCAGUCAAGACCAUCUCAGACCGCGGAACAACGUUCACAGGGAAAUUCCUAAGAGCUUUGUAUCAACAACUUGGGGUAAAACCAGCCUUUUCCUUGGCUUACCAUCCAGAAUCAGAUGGCCAAACAGAGAGGGUUAACCAGUUCAUAGAAUUCUACCUCAGAUCAUAUGUUGCCGCCAACCAUUUGGAUUGGGCCACCUGGCUGCCACUAGCGGAGUAUGCCUACAAUAACGCAAAGCACUCUGCAACCGGAAGAACCCCUUUUGAAUUGGUUUAUGGAAGAAACCCUGUCAUGAAUCCAUCCAACGUCCCUGCAAAUGUCCCAGAAGCAGACCUUGUAGCCAAUACCUUGGCCUGA